AUGGUCAUUGGCAUCAUCGCAGGAGACGAUGUCCGUCAAGCGAUACAGAAUGAGCACGAUCUCAGCUUCGUGGAAGCUCUCAGACUGUAUCCGACAGCAGUGGGAUGGAGCGUCUUCUUUUCGUUGGGAGUGAUCAUGACUGCUUUUGAUCCUCAAUUGAUGGGCAACCUUUACGCCACUCCUGCCUUUCAACGAGACUUUGGCUACCUCUAUAACGGCGAGUACAUCAUCAGCGCUCCAUGGCAGACGGGGCUCGGUAUGGGCAAUCCAAUCGGUCAAGUCGUCGGCGCUUUUGCCGCCUCGUAUCCGAUGGAGUGGUAUGGGCGGAAGAAGACGUUUGGCGUUUGCGUCGUGCUCACGGCGGCGUUCAUCUUCAUUCAAUUCUUUGCGAGGUCGCUCCAAGUCUUGUUGGUUGGAGAGCUGCUUGGUGGUCUGGUGCUCGGCACGUACGCUGUCAUCGCGCCGGCGUAUGCUUCUGAAGUCUGCCCCGUUGCUCUUCGCGGCGUUUUGACGAGUUACAUUAACCUUUGCUUCGUCAUGGGCCAACUGGUCGCCAAUGGCCUAAUGAACGGGACGAGCAAGCUCUCCAGUCACUGGGCCUAUAGCGCUCCCUUUGCGGCUCAAUGGAUUUGGCCACUCAUCAUCCUCAUCGGCCUGCCAUUCGCUCCCGAGUCCCCAUGGUGGCUCGUUCGAAGGGGACGGAUCGGCGAUGCCGAGCGUGCUCUCCAACAUCUAUCAUCUCCCACAGUGGACGUCAAGCCAACUCUCGCCAUGAUCAUCGAGACGAACUUCCUGGAACAGAAGCUCGAAGCUGGAUCAACGUACCGUGACUGCUUCAAACGUAUCAACCUCCGCCGCACAGAGAUCGCCGUGGGAGUCUACAGCAUUCAAGUCUUCUCUGGCAUCUACCUCGUGGGCUACGCGACGUACUUCUUCGAACUCGCCGGUCUGCCGACGACCAAAGCGUUCCAAAUGUCGCUUGGAUUCCUCGGUUUGGGCUUCUUGGGGACUCUGCUCUCUUGGGUUCUCAUCAUUCGCUAUGGGCGGAGGGUGAUAUACAAUGUCGGGCUUGCCUCGUUGGUCGUGCUCAUGUUCCUAAUUGGCAUUCUGGACUGUGUGCCUAGCUACUCGGCCAAUCAUCCCUUGAUUUGGGCUCAGUCCAGCCUGAUGCUAUUGUGGAACUUCUUCUACGAUUUGACGAUUGGACCUGUCUGCUUCGUCAUCCUCUGCGAAGUCUCCGCCACCAAAGUUCGCAGCAAAACCAUCGCCGUCGCGACAGCAGUGCAAGCAAUCUUUGGCAUCAUCAUGACCGUAGCCUUUCCAUAUCUCAUCAACCCUGACCAAGCGGAUCUGCGAGGCAAAGUCGGGUUCUUCUUCGGCGGACUAUCUGCGUUCAGUUUAUUGUGGGCGUACUUCCGAAUUCCGGAGACCAAAGGUCGGACAUAUGAGGAAUUAGAUCUGAUGUUUGCGAGAGGUGUGCCGACGAGGGAUUUCAAGAAGUAUCGAUUGGAAUGA